GUUAAAAUGCUCCGUUACCGUACGUAGUUUGCGUGAUGUGUGAUUCCGUCCAGAGGGAAGAAUUGUUUGCUAUCUGCUCCAUAUUUCCUGAUCUGAUAGUAUCUAUAUCUGGGUUUAAAAAACUAUGCCUACCUUUCGAUUCGGUACGCGAUUUAGAAAGGGCGAAUUUCCCCGUACAAGUCAGUUUAAGGAUAACUUCGUCUAAUCGUCCAGGUGGUCCGGAAAAGGCAAUUAACCUUCAGUUUUUAUGUAAUCCUGAGUAUCCUGAAGCGAUUAUUAGCUUUCGAAUCAAUGGGAACAAGAGGGUUUCUAAAGUGCAGCUUGAUACUCUUCGUGGUAUACUUGGUGAAUUGGCUAGUACUAUGAAAGGCCAAAUUUGCAUGAAAGAGUUGAUCGAGGCUAGUCAAGAUUAUUUGAAAUCAUUAACUGCUCCCACCACCACUUGUAAAGCACAAAGAAAGGAACAAGUCUUAAACACAAGAAAGGAUGAUAGAUUUGCUCAAAAUCAGCAGAUAUCUAGGCAGAAGGCAAUAAAAGCAGAGAUGGAGCAUAUUGAUGAGACUAUACAGUGGCGUUUAUCAUUAAAUGAAGCGGAAAUUCAGAAGAAACAAGCAGAGACUGAUCAACUUUUCGAAAUUUUUUCCAAACUAGAAGUUAAUGAAUCCGAUACCCAGAGAUCAAGCUUACAUUUCUCUCCCUGUUCUAACCAAUCUUAUCAACCAAUAAUUAGUUCAAGGUGUCCAUUAAAUAGACAUUCAAAUGUUUGUUCCCUGAGUAUGUUGUACUUGGAAAAUUGUAAGAAAUUGAAGAAGUUUACUACAUUUAAUGAGUAUGAAACAUUUCACAAAUCACCUGAAUCCAUUCUCAUUGAAAUUCAAAGAGGCUGUUGUGCAGAUGGACCUCAUAAUCAAUCUCAUCUAUUCAAGAAUCUCAGUUCAGAUAUCUUUCCAUGUGUUUGCUAUUUUAAUGGCUUGGAUGUUCAAACCGGUUCUUCAAUUCAACUACACGAAUGGGUUUUCCACACAAAUUAUACUCAGUUAACUAACAGUGAUUUCUUGGAUAGUUUUCUAACUCAACUCGCCUACUUUUCCCGGCAAAAUAAACACCCAAAUCUGUGUAGGAUUUUAGGUGUUGAAUGCACCAGAAAUUUACCUGCCUGUGGUAUUGACCUAAAUACAUAUCACCAAAGUAUGGAGAAACUAUGGGAAAACUGGAAUGCUGUACGUCUGAUUACAGAGCGUCCAGAAGGAACAAGUUUGGAUACUAUUGGAGGUGUGGCAUUUCCUAUAGUCAUUAGUGAAAAGUCUGGUUCCAACUUGUUGUCUACUUCAUUUUCAAAACCUAUUCAAAUAGAUGAUACAAAAUUAAUGUGGUUGCGUUAUGUGGUUAAACAGAUUGUCAGUGCAUUGUCUUGGCUUCAUAGUCUUUCACUUGCACAUAGAGAUCUGAAUCCAUCCAAUAUAUUUGUGGAUAAGUCAGGUCACGUAACACUAUGGAGAUAUGAAUAUUUUGCAAGACUUGAUCAAGUAGUUGCAGAAAACCUUAAAGAAUUGGGUACUCAUGUUCCAAAAGAAAUAUGUCGAAAUAAUAUUUACUAUCCUGGUCGAUCUGUGCAGCAAAGGGAUGUAUAUCAACUUGGUCUUGUUAUAGUUCAUCUCCUUAUUGGACCACUACCAACUACCAGUUUCAAUCAGAUGACAUCAUUUAUAUCUCAAUUUUUGGAAAGUUUAGAAGUGACUCAACCAGUUUUCAAAGACUUCUUACAAAUAUGUUUAUUGACUAAUAGUAAUAAUCGAACAGGUCUCAUUGAUCACUUAACAUCACAUCAAUUUUUACACGAUCCUGUACCUCAUAGUUUAUCAACACUUAUUUCUAAUAAAAUGAAGAUCAAUACGGAUGCACAUGAAACUACAGGUCGAAGGCGUACUUUGAGUAAUCAAGAUGCACAAACUGUUGAUGGAACGUUUACAUCCAAGUGUCCUAGGCUGUUUGAAGAUUUUACAGAUUUCACAUUGAUAGGAAAAGGUGGUUUUGGUUGUGUGUUAAAGGCACGAAAUAUUAUUGAAGAUCGUGAUUAUGCCAUCAAAUGUGUAAAAGCUUCAAAAAGUCAAACUGAUACACUAUUUCGUGAAAUCCGAACACUUUCUGGAUUACAACAUGAAAACAUUGUCAGAUACUUCACAUCAUGGCAAGAUACAUUUACUGAACCACUUCCUUAUAAAAAUAUGCCGUGUGCUGAAUGGAUUAAAAAGCAGUUAUUAGUCGGUGAAUCAAAGUAUCCUACAUCCAAAGUCAAUACGUUUUAUUCAGACGAUUAUAGUGAUGAUGAUGAUGAUGACAAGGAGGAAGAGGAGGAGGAGGACGCGACUGGUCAUGAUUCCAAUACAAAAUUACUACAUCGUCAUAAUAAAUCCCAUCUGAUUUGUUCACCAGUAAACAAUACACUGGAACUAAGUGAUCUUGUUGGAAAUGAUAUAAACACUUGUAUAUUUGUUGAUCAGUCUAAUCGUACCGAUGAGUCAUGGUGUGAAAUAAGUAACUCUAAGAAACCUACGAAUACUAUUCAGAAUUAUCUCUUUCGAGUGCCUGGAGAAAGUAGUGAGGAUACAGAAGAUGCAGAGAACAAUUCACCAUCUUCUACAUCAUCAUCAUCCUCUUCGUCAUCUGCCACCUCCGUUUUCUCAGAUUCAUCUACUCAGUUCGCAGACACUUUAAUUACUCGUAGAAAAAGAAGAGAUACAUUGGUAAAUAAGCACAAUACUGAUGAUGAAGCUACUCAUGAGAAUAACCAUGAAAAGGCGAAACGAGAAUAUCGAUAUAUUAUAAUCCAAAUGGAGCUGUGUCCAUCUAAGUCAUUAAGGCAUGUGAUUGAUUUUGAAAAUUUAUCAUGCAGUCCAGAUAGAGCCUGGAGUUUAUUCCGUGAAUUGACUGAUGGCUUAGCAUAUAUUCAUUCCAAAGGUGUGAUUCAUAGAGAUUUAAAACCGGCCAAUAUUAUGUUAGAUUCUAACGAUCAUGUCAAAAUUGUGGAUUUUGGCUUAGCUACACGAACUGUUCAAGAGCAAAUAAUGAAUGCUCGUCAAGCUGCUGAAUUCCAAAAAUCUAACAAGCAUCCAGAGUGUACAAAUUCCACUCAAGAGACUACAACUACAAAUAAUAAAUUAUUAAAUCCUAUGAAUGCUCAUCAUCAUCAUCAUACCUCUGUGAAUUUCUACGAUCAAUCCAUGACACAUAAUGUUGGUACUUUUUUGUAUAUAAGUCCUGAAGUCUUACUUUUGGGGUGUCAAAAACAUAGAGUAUAUGACGAGCGUGUUGAUAUUUACAGUCUAGGCGUAAUCCUGUUUGAAAUGUUUUAUCGUGCUAUGCCAACUGCAAUGGAGCGGGUUUCUGUCCUUACAGAUUUAAGAAAAGAAAAGGUUAUUUUCCCAAAAGACUGGUCCCAAGAAGAACUUGUCAAUCAGACUUGGUUAAUUCGCGCUAUGCUUCAACAUGAUCCUUCUAAAAGACCAAGUGCUUCUGAUUUAUUGACUUCUCCGCGUAUACCACCUUUCAAGUCAACUGAAGCAGCAUUUAGAAAACAACUUAUUGAAAUCUGUAAAACUCCUGAUAGCAAUUUAUAUCGUUUUGUUACACACACUCUUUUCUCUCAAGCCUGUUCUGGUGCAUCGGAUUUACUAUAUGAUUGUAAUACGGGAAUAGCUUCACUGCACAGAAAUUUCCGACAGAUUGAUGAAAGUUUCAUAUCCCAGUUACUAUGGAAAAAUUGUUUCAUACAAGAUCAUCCUAAUCGUUUACUUUAUAAUUACUUAAAAAUACGCAGACUCAUAACACACCUGGUCGAAACUUCAUUUAUUGCGCAUAGUGGUAUUCUGAUGGAAGCUCCUACACUUGUUCCAGUUGUUCAUAGACCUGAUCAAACUUCAUGGUUCAGUCAACCGAAACCGGAUAGUGACAAUGAUGCAUUUGGUGUGGAUGAUAAUCAUCUUGUCGAAAAUUGGGAUAGAUUGUCAGCUGCUCCAGUCUUAUUAGAUGAAAAUGGAUUGCCUGUCCGUUUACCAGAUUCCUUGCAUAUAGCAUUUGCACGUUAUCUAGCUAGAUCAGGUUCAGUUUUAUUAGAAAAUCGAAGUGAAUCAGAUCCACUGAAACGUUAUGAAUUUGGAAGAACUUAUCACAGUUCUUCUCUUUCAAACUCUGAUCAACCUCAUAUGUUAUUUGGGUGUCCAGUAGAAGUUAAUCGUGCAGCCUUUGAUAUAAUCUCUUUAGAAAACAAUACAUUUUGGGCUGUGGAGUUAUUCAUCAUUCUACGCGAAAUAACCAGUAAACUAUUUCAGUCAAAGGAUGUGACAUUCUUUCUCUAUGUGAAUCAUACCAACUUGAUAAAAGCACUAUUCAAAUUGACUGGAAUUCAAUCCGGAUCACGUGCAACAGUUUGGCGUCAUUUAUCUGAAGCAAAUGCCGAUCCAAGACCUGUUAAUCUAUCUACUUAUUCAUUCUUCUUUUCAUCAGUGAACUAUGCUACUCCGUAUUCUCCAACACUGUCUCGUGCUUCAUCUAAUUUUCCAUGUACUACUACAGCAUUGUCAACUUCAAACUCUUCAUCAAGACUUAAUGAACCAACACGUUCACUUAUAUUACCAGAGUAUCUGACAAGUAAACCUCGUGGACAUGCACAGAAACGUUUUAUGAAAAUUAUUCGUUUAGAAUCUGCUCAGGCUGGACAUAUACGUGAAGCAUUUAUACAGCAUUCAGCUCAACAGUGUCAUGUCGUUAGUAGAUUAAUAGACAGUGCAGUGAAAUUAUUGGAGGAAAUAACAGAUAUUUAUAUGAAAUUUGAUUGGUCAGGAAGAUUUCAUCUCCGAUUUACACCUGGAUUGGUUCUACCACAUCAUAUGUAUAAUGGUUUAGUAUUCCAGUUAACUGCAAUGUCUGAUUCCUCUAAGCCACCGUUGCUCAAUUCUUCAUCUGGUUUCCCACCACCUCCUCGAAAUCCAGACGAUUCAUUAAACAAAAUGACUUCGAAUGUAAAUUGUAACUCAAGUCUCUCCAAGUCGAAUGCUUCACAGCCAAUAUUAACUGUUUUGGGUCAAGGUGGCGAGUAUAGUCAGUUGAUUGCUAAACACUGUGUCCCGAAAGAAUUCACUACUAUUAGACUGCCAAGAAAAAUAUCUCGUUCUAGUUCUACUUCGUGUAAUUUAAAUGUUACUGCCUUGACUGCAGAUAAAUGUCCUUGUGCUAUUGGGUUAAGUUUAGAUAUGGAUAAGCUAAUGCAGUGUUAUAUAAAUCUAUUUGGAAAGAAUACCUUUAACUUUUCUUCCAAUUUAUAUGAUUGUUCAGUAUUCAAUCCUAAAUGGCAUAUAUUACUUGGUUGGGAAUCGCGUACUGUUCAAACGCUUCAUGAAUUGUAUACCAGUCCAUUUCGAAAUCCUGCAGGUAAUUAUACUCGUCGUUCUGGUCUGGGAUCUAGUCAACGUUCAUCCAGUGAAUGUGGUGUUAACAGUUCUAGUAAUGUUAACAUGGUCAGUACUAACAUAACACCAAUUUCUAGUAAUUCUGCUUCCGAUUCCAUAUCAAACUCCACCAGCAAUAUAACAUCUUCGUAUACUGGUGCCUCUGGAAUACAAAAUCCAACUACACUAUCGGAAUCAUUCGUAUUAACACAAAAUGUUCUUAAGCUAGCAUUUCAUAUGGCUCAAACAUUUUGGAAUCUUAGUUGGCCGUGUGAAUUACUAACUAAACCUGAUUUGGAUGUUGUACGCGAAGCUGAAGACAGACAGGUUGAAUUUGCUGUUCGUAUUAUUCUAGUCAAAUUGUCCACAUCUGCUGCCGCCAAUCUGCCAGCAAAGUCAAAACAUUUAUCCCUUGUCACAUAUCAGAUAUGGGCUAAACAUGAUGCAUCAUCGUUAAAUGGGCAGCAUGUUAUGGUGUCGGAGACAAGAAGAUCUGACCCAGAAUCUGUGUUAAAUUAUUUUUAUUCACGUCUUCCAUCAGAUGUUCGUCGAUCCUCGUGUGAUUUGGACAGAAAUUUGUCAAUAUCUAUAGAGAAUUCAACAGAAUUAAUUCAUUAUUCCAAAGAAUUUUUAUCACAUCCUAAUCCUGAAAAAACAAUCAUCUAUUCUCCCAGGUUAAUUGAAUCAACUAGUCAAGUAUCAUCAGAUAUAACAGAAACAAAAGAUCUAUCUUCAAGUAUAGCUAACCCCUUACGACGCAGUCAUAACAGAUAUAAACAACAGUCAAAACGUUCUAAGCGUACUUGAUACCAAAGAAGAAGAAGAAGAGAAGACAAUCGAUUUUGCUCAUUACUUUGUUGGAUUUAUACUGAUUUUUUUACUCUUGUUAUUUUUUUACAACAAUAUCAAAACCACCACUAUCUUUAAUUUGUAAAUUUUUUGAAGGCAUUUGACAGUCCUCUGAUUGCAAAUUAUACUGUGUGCAUGUAUACACCCUGGUCAUUACACUGCUGUCAUUACUAAUAGUAUUUAAUAGUUGUAGUAGUUGUAGAGAGAGAAAGCGCGAGAGAGCCAUAUGUGUUCUUUUUUUGUUCGUUUUUCAUGUGGCACUUCGUUUUCUCUUUUCGGAAAAGAAUUUUUGAGUCUAUUUUUUUUCCAAUUUGAAUUUUAGGAUUACUUUUUUAUUCUCAUUCUGUCUAUUGUACAAUAAAGACUGAGAGAUUUUUAUUAUUAUUAUCACUGACUUUUUUAUUGGUUAAUAAAUAUUAGAUGAAUAAAA